GCAGAAUCGACGCAGAGCAGAGCAGCAGCACAGACUACAGAGGCGCAGGCACGUGGUGCGCGCAUCGUCGUCUCUCUUUAUUCUCUCAUCAGUCCUCCUUGCGGUUAUAUUGCAUCUAUACUACAUACUAUACUCGUCGAUCUGCUCUACUCCACAUUAAAGCGGCAGCAGCAGCGAGUGCGCGAGUCGUCGCCAGGAAACGAGUCGUCGCUGGUGCAUCGGAGAAGAGAGAAGCUAGACUAUCCCACAGAAUAUACUCGCGGCGAAUCGAGGAGGCUGAGAAGAAAAAGUGCCGAGAGACAUUCUAGAGAGAGAAGUGCGCGUGUGUGAUAAAGGAACGUGGGUACGGCAGAGGUGGAGAAUAACCGAGGAAGGACGAUUACAUCCAGGGAGGCAUGGCACUGGGCUCGCAGGUCGAGGCUCCGCAGGACGAGACUGCCAGCGUGAAGGUUCAGCCGCUGGUCAACGGCAGGACGAGUAGCAGCAGCAGCUCGAGCUCCGAAGCCGUGACAAAACAGAAUGGCGAGGGCAGCAACUCAGUGGAGAACAUCCUGGAGAAGGGCGAGGUCGAAGCGACCAAAGAAUGCGAGAAGGAAAAGAACAAAGCACUCGAGUCAAAAAGCAAAGAUGAAAAGGAGUCAUCCGAGUCCGCAUCCGACAAGGACAAAUCUGUCGACGGUAACGAGCAGGAAGUCGUCUUCAUUCAGGACAUGGGCUUCGUCGUCAAAAUCGUUAGUCCAGGCGCUGAACCCUUCGACAUUCAAGUUUCCAGCAUGGAACUCGUUCAGGAGAUCCACCAGCUGCUGAUGGACCGCGAGGAUACGUGCCAUCGGACGUGCUUCUCUCUUCAGCUCGACGGCAACACCCUGGACAACUUCGCCGAAUUGAAGAACAUCGAGGGUCUGAAGGAGGGCUCGAUCAUCAAGGUGGUAGAGGAGCCGUACACGAUGCGCGAGGCUCGUAUCCACGUGAGGCAUGUGCGCGACUUGCUCAAGUCCGUCGACCCGGCCGACGCCUAUAACGGCGUCGAGUGCAGUAGUCUGUCCUUCCUCAACGUCGUCACCAACGGCGACAUCCUCGAGAAGAAAAAGUCCAGAGCAGACUCCGUCGACUGUACUCCGCCCGACUACAUCAUACCCGGCUGCAAGGACAGGCCGCUGUUGCCAUUACAGCCCCAGGCCAAAGAGCAGAAGUGUCCGCCUUGCAUCAAGGUACUGACGACGUCGGGCUGGAACCCACCGCCGGGAUACCGUAAGCUUCACGGUGACCUCAUGUACCUGCACGUGGUGACCCUCGAGGACAAGCAGUACUACCUUACGGCCUGUGCGCGAGGGUUCUUCGUCAACCAGUCGAGCAAGGAAACCUUCAACCCGAAGCCCGCUACUCCGAGUCAUCUCUGUCACAGUCUGAUCGAGCUGCUGAACCAGCUGAGCCCGGCGUUCAAACGAGGAUUCGCUGCAAUGCAACGGCGCAGAACUCAGAGACAUCCGUUCGAGAGGGUCGCCACACCGUACCAGCUCUACGCAUGGAGCGCGCCCCAGAUCGAGCACACGAUCGACGCCAUUCGUGCCGAGGACACGUUCUCUUCGAAACUUGGUUACGAGGAGCAUAUCCCUGGUCAAACUAGGGAUUGGAAUGAGGAGCUACAAACGACCAGAGAAUUGCCGCGCAAAAAUCUUCCGGAAAGGUUGCUGAGGGAGCGAGCAAUAUUUAAGGUACACAGUGACUUUGUGGCAGCGGCGACUCGUGGCGCGGUGGCCGUGAUCGACGGCAACGUCAUGGCGAUUAACCCGGGUGAAGAACCGAAAAUGCAGAUGUUUAUCUGGAACAACAUAUUCUUCUCUCUUGGUUUCGACGUUCGCGAUCAUUACAAGGAACUCGGGGGUGAUGCUGCUGCUUUCGUCGCACCGCGCAAUGAUCUCCAGGGUGUCAAGGUGUAUGCGGCCGUUGAUCUUCCUGGACUCUAUACGCUUGGAACCGUCGUCAUAGACUACAGAGGAUACCGAGUCACGGCACAAUCCAUUAUUCCAGGAAUCUUGGAGCGUGAACAGGAACAAUCUGUAGUUUACGGAUCCAUUGAUUUUGGAAAAACAGUUCUUACUCAUCCGAAAUAUCUUGAAUUACUUGGUAAAGCCGGUCAGCAGCUCAAAAUUCUUCAGCACAAAGUCAUCAAUGACGCAGGUGAGGAGAUCGAGCUCUGCAGCAGCGUCGAGUGCAAGGGCAUCAUUGGAAACGAUUCUCGACACUACGUUUUGGAUCUCCUGCGAACAUUCCCACCUGAUGUCAAUUUCUUGAAACUUGAAGGUGUAGAAUUGAGUAAAGAAGCUCGAGCUCUUGGUUUCCCAGUUGAACAUAAGCACAAAUUAGCUUGUCUUCGCCAAGAACUGAUCGAUUCGUUCGUAGAAGCAAGAUAUGUUCAGUUUAUCAAAUAUGCCGCUGUGCAUUUACAACGACUCACAUCAGCCAAGCGAGCUCAAAAAGAAAAAGAAAUCUGUGCGAAAGAAGAGAAAAAAGAAGAAAAGAAGGAGGAAAAGAAGGAAGAGAAAAAGGAAGAUAAAAAGGAAGAGAAGAAAGACGAUCGAACUAAAGAUACAACUGUUGAUAGCAAUAAGGAAGAUUCUUCUCAAUCUGUUAUUGAAGCUGACGAGGCGAAAAAAAUCGUUGAAAGCAUUACGGACUCAAUAACGAGUGGAGAAAAACAAGAAUUGGAAGAAAACACAAAAGAAAUCGUUCGCAGAGCAGCUCUCGUUGUUGGAAGUUUACGUGAAACCGAAUUUGAUGUCAAAUUCAAUCCUGACGUUUACUCACCAGGAGUACGUCAUCCAGAUCCGAACGGGCCUGCUCUAACGAAACAGAGACAACUUGUUAAAGAUGCUGCGGAAUUCUUAUUAACCGUCCAACUUCCUACUUUUAUUCGCGAAUGUCUGGAUCACACACCAGCUGCAAUGGAUGGCAGCACUUUGGUCGAAUCACUGCAUGGGAGAGGAAUCAAUGUUCGAUAUCUUGGUAAACUAGCAACUAUGCUGGUAGUCGUUCCUCAAUUAGAGUACCUCUACCGUAUUUCUGUUUCCGAAUUGAUUCUCAGAUCAACGAAACAUAUUUUUACUGCGUAUAUGCAGGGUGUUGAGCUAAUGAGCCUUUCUGCUGCCAUCAGUCAUUUUCUUAACUGCUUCCUGUCGUCAGCUCAACUCAUUCAUCCCCAGCAGAAUCUCGAGGAACUGCAAAGCAAGACAGCGAAGCGUCGCAACAAGAGGAAGGGCAGAAAUAACGGACCUCAGCAAUCGGAGGUGGAGUGGGCAUCUUUGACGCCCAAAUCACUCUGGCAACAAAUUAAAGCUGAUCUGAAGGGCUAUUAUGACUGGGAGGUUCCCACACCAGAAUCGUUGGACGCCACUAUCGAAGAUUUUAAUUUACAAAAAAUUUCACUGCUCAGAGCUUUUUGCGUCAAAACGGGUAUUCAGAUUUUGCUGAGAGAGUACAAUUUUGAAAACAAAAAUCGUGCCACAUUCUUCGAAGAAGAUAUUUUAAAUAUUUUCCCGGUCGUUAAACACAUCAACCCAAGGGCCAGCGAUGCCUAUAACUUUUAUACAACAGGCCAAAGCAAAAUUCAGCAGGGUUACCUAAAAGAUGGUUAUGAACUCAUCAACGAGGCCCUUAACCUGCUGAAUAACGUUUACGGUGCUAUGCAUCCUGAAAUUGCACAAUGUCUUCGAAUGCUCGCGAGGUUGAACUAUAUUAUGGGCGAUCACGCAGAAGCUCUUGCUACGCAACAAAAAGCCGUCCUUAUGUCAGAGCGAGUCAACGGCAUUGAUCAUCCAUACACAAUAACGGAAUACAUUCACAUGGCCUUAUACUCAUUUGCGAAUGGCCAAGUUUCUGCAUCUCUAAGACUUUUAUACAGAGCUAGAUACCUUGCAUUACUCGUUUGCGGCGAAGAUCAUCCCGAAGUAGCAUUAUUAGAUAGCAACAUCUCGUUGAUUUUACAUGCUGUUGGUGAAUACGAGCUCUCAUUGCGUUUCCUCGAGCACGCGCUAAUCCUCAACUUGCGCUACCACGGACCGCGCUCCCUCAAGGUUGCCGUCUCAUACCACCUCGUGGCUCGAACCCAGUCUUGCAUGGGUGACUUCCGGGCGGCAUUGAACAAUGAAAAAGAGACUUACGCUAUUUAUAAGCAGCAGUUGGGCGAGGAUCACGAGAAGACAAAGGAGAGCAGCGACUGCUUACGCCAUCUCACACAGCAAGCCGUUGUUCUCCAAAAGAAGAUGAACGAAAUCUACACGGGCAAGACGGGCGUGACCCUUCCACCCAUCCAAAUCCAACCACCCAGCAUGGGCUCGGUACUUGACAUGCUCAAUGUCAUCAAUGGUAUCCUAUUCGUACAAAUCAGCCAACAGGAUAUCGAGAACUUCAAGGCGGAGAUUGCGAAACGGCAGCCUUCGGCGACUGUUACCACCCUUGAUAUGGUGAACGGUGACGAGCCGAAAAAGGAGCCUGCUGCUAUUACCGCUGAGAGCUGAGCUUUCGACCUCUGCGCUCCAGCGUACCGGCGAUACUUUGAUUAUGGGUUUUAAAUGAACGUACAUCCUAGUCUUCGUAAUAGGGAGCUUGCCUUGCUUUCCGAUUUUGAACUUUUACAGGUUAUUUUUCCGAUUGAUAGAGAGUUGUAGGGACACAGUUAUUGUUCCAGCAUGCUAUCUUUUGGGAUGUUAUAUUUCUAAGGUCUGCAAACUUAAAGCCAACGAAACAUAAACACGCGUUUAGUAUUCUUUUAACGAAGCUCCAUGUUUUUAUAACACAUGUAGGUGCCAAAAAGAAUACUCUACAAUUAAAUUACGGAUUCCAAGACUUUGGAAAUAUAGCAUCGCGAAGGAAAAAGACUUGUUUGCAUAGCCUCUCGCAAUUGUCUAUCAAUCAUGAAAACGCAUGUACGCUAUUGUAUGAUUAACAAUCAAUAGAGGAAAAGUAACAAUUAAGAGUUUGAUUGCGAGAAAGAAGGCUAUCGUAAUAGCCUUUAAGAGCGACGAACGGCGUUGAAAGUUCUACAUGUAUCGCUUUUAGAUGCAGCACAUAAUGAAAUUUUGUUAUUUACGGUCGAGUGCUGAUCAAUUAACUAAGUGCCACGCUGCGAAUGAAAGAGGUGCAACAGAAUGGAUUUUGGAAAUGAACAAGUGACCAUGUUAAAUAAUUUUUUAGCCUGGCACGUACUUUUAUUUGUUUUUGCGUUUUAAAACAGCAUUCUUUUAAAAUCCAAUUUUAUAAUAAAAAAUGUUUUGGUAUCAUUUACCAUUUUUCUACUUAUUAGCGUUCACUUUACAGUAUAAAGGUUGCAUUAAUAUUAUCAACUUGUGAUCUUUAUUGAUGAAUUUUUUAUUCCUUUAUUGCCAGGCAUCUUAAUCAAAGGAAAAUAUUGAUACUAAAACAAUGCCGAUAAUCUUGUUGAAAACGUUACUUUUCAUUGGUAUGCACUUAUCGAUAUUUUUGUAAUCUCCAGUAACGGUUUUUAAGCAAAGGUGCUCUGAAAGUUUUUAAUGAACUUUAAAAAAAAUGCACUCUUACUCGCGGACAAAUAUAUACAAAAAUUUCGUACAAGUAUAGGUUUUCUCCUUACGACCGAACAAAUGAAACUCGUGUGAUUCUUACGUAUAGUUAUAAAUAGCUCAGUGUAAAUGGCUACGAACAAAAUUUUACACAAAUUUUUAUCUUUAUUCUUUUUUUUUAAAUUGUUGCAUUGGGAACAUGCAUCUUCUAAGGUACUAUUUUAAACGAUGCAGAUUACUCAAAAAAUAAUUCAUCAAAAGUACUCACACUCGUAGUAAUAUUAACACAAAUAUUACAUAACAAAGACUGCACUAUAUGAGUAAGAUGGUUUAGUAACAACAAACUAAAAUACCCAUUUGCAAUAAUUAAUAUGGUAGUAGUGAGCGUAAAUCUCGAAAGUUGACUGUAUAAGCAUACGUAGAAUCACAAAUUUGUAACUUGUUACUCGAAACGUAAAUAUUUAAUUAUGAUAAAUACGUUUUUUUUAUGUUUUAUUUUUGUCAUCGCAAAAAUCAUAAUCCAUUUAGCUAAUAUCGCAGAUCUUCGCACGUACAAAUUACGAAUUGAGCCCAAUAACGCUGCAGCUGUAAUUUGUAAUUGUAAGAGCUACAAUUUCAUCACAACAAUACACAAUGCAAUAAUUUAUCAAUAUAGAAAAAAAAAAACACCAAAAGUGCUUCCUUUAUCUGCCAGUUGAAUUUAUCGUACGCGUGGUGAAAAUAAUUUUCAACAUUUUUUUGUUCCUCAUUUAUGGAGCUAGGGUAGUUCUUUCGGUUGUUAACGCUAAUCAUAUUUUUUUGCGAUUUUGUAGGGAACGUUUGAUUCUGUAUAGGUUUUUUUCUAUUUUUUUGAGCGUAAUACUAGACUAGCAUGAAAUAAUACGAUAAAGUGAUAUAGUUAGUUCGCUAAAUAAAUGUUCUUUUUUUCUAAGAAAACCAAAUAACGACGCGAAAUGUUACACCAGAUUUCUGUUGUAGUAGUGUACAACUUAGAAAUAAGCAACGUAUUGUAGGCUUUAGAAUUAAUAAGAUAUUGUUACCAAAUGUUAAUCUCCUUUUUAUGCACGCUUUGUUAAAACUUAAACAUACAAUGGGCAUAAGUCAGAACUACGAAUUGACUGCAAAUAUAAUCAGAAUCGGCGUCAAGCGUUAAACUAAAAUAAUCCAAUGUAAUCAGCCUGAAACUAAAUAGAAUUUUAAAUCACCUGUCGGUCAGAAUGUUAAAUUAAUAAUCAACAUAGCGCAAUUAUUUGUUAAAGCUACGUAAAAUUGUUGAAAGUAGUUCAAAUUUGUGUCAAUUAUUCAUUGCGAUGCGCUACUUAACAUUAAUUUUUAUAGUUUCCUGAAUAAGCGUUAUGCAAUAGUGGCAGUACUGAUCAGAGAGAAGUGUCAAAGUAUGCAAUCUUUAUUGAAGAGUGUGUCAUCAGUCAUUGCUGUUUUCUUUCUAUAUUUGUUAUACCAAACAUUGUAUUGCACUUGUUAGCGAAAUUGUACCAUACAAAGAUAUUAGCCGAUAAGGAUUAACUAUAAAUAAAGUUAAAUACCUGAUUUACAUA